AUGGAGAAGCUGCCAGUAGAAAUUCUGUCCAAAAUAAUCGACCACCUUGCUCCACAAGAGAAGGUCCAGCUUCAAUCCAUCUCAAAGAAAUUCUUUGAUCUUGCUCGGGAUAAUAGCCAGUGGAAAAUCCACUGCUAUGAGCAGUCAUGGGCUGCUCGGCAAGCCGCCCGCCCAGCUGUCCGGCCAUCGGAGAGUCUGAUCUCUGACGCGACUGCUUCGUUGACAACACUUGGGCAGGACUCGCUGCGCGAUCUUAUUCAGCCUUCUGCGCCACCGGCUAAUGGGGACUCUGGGGACACCCGGGGACUGUCCUGGAGUGAGAGAGCAAGGGCAGCAUCGGAAUGGGAUUCAUCGGCUGCGGGGGAGCAUGUUGACUGGUACUCAGAAUAUAUUGCUCGUCAAGGUCCCAUAUCUUUAUCAUGGACUGAGCAGCCUUCAGUCCGCAAGGGCGAAGGAAAGCGCGGGCAAUCUUAUGAGGUCAAAGGCAUGGGAUUGCUCAAAGAUUGGAGUUCCGCCAGACAGAACAAGAUUGUGGCACCGCUUGAAGACGGCAGUGUGUGUAUCUGGGAUCUCAACCACUCUCACUCAGCCGACUCGCAAGCAAGCAAAGGCAAGAUCUUGGGGGUCAGUGAGCCCGGUAUUCUCAUGACUGACUUGUCUGGUCGUCGAGAUCACUGUCUCCCGAAGGCUUCAUUGGAGUUCAUCAAUCUGGGAGAGGGAGUGAGUGUGGAUUCUUUACGAAAAAGAGCAUAUCUGGCAGUUGGAAAUGUUCUCAACGAAGUUGAUCUGGAGACGUUAAAAGUGAUUUCCCAACAGCGGUAUCCCUGGUCUAUUUUCGCUCUUUCUCAGGAAACUGAUUAUUCGGUGCCCUUGACACUAGCAACUACCCUCAGUCUGCAAAUAUAUGACUCCAGAUUAUCGGCUGUCGAGGAAAAAGAGGCAAUCAGUUCGCGAUGCGAACAAUUGACCACUCCAGAGGCCUCCAAACUAGGCAUUUUUGCCCAUUCCGACUCUCCUCUAUUUGAACUUCAACCCAAUGGACAACCGCCUACUCGUAUCCGCAGUCCAGAUCCUUCUGAUAAAGGCGCCAACUAUGCUCCGCUUUUCCAGCCUGGGCCUCUUUCCAUCUUGCAUCCGCCAGCUCCUCAUGUGAAUACAAUUCUUCUCGCAGGUCGCUUCCCUAGCAUUUUAUGUUAUGACCGUCGUUUUUUCCCUCGGCUACAGACCACAGUCCAUUCCGGCGGCCGACUGUGUGGUCUUACUUCAGUACCGGCGCCUCGGUUCCCUGUCUUCUCAGAUUCCACCUAUCCGGAGUCACAUUCCGUCGUAGCGUGCGGAGAUUACAACGGGCGAGGCUCGCUAGAACUUUAUAAUCUCAGACCGGCUGCCGAACACACCUCCAGCCCCUCGAAGAUGACAUCUACUCUUAACCCAGAAUAUAAGAACCGCCAAAGCGCCGCCAGUUCCAAAUUACUUUCUGUGGAAUCGCACGGCAAUCGUAUCGUCUUUUCCGAUGCGGAGGGGAACAUAAAAUGGACCGAGCGAGACGGCCGCUCAGAGGUCCGACGAUGGAACAUCAAUACAUCUCAGCCUCAGAGCUCAUUCGGGCGUCGCAGUCGACAACCAACUCCACAAACAAACGGAGAUCAACAGCCACGUGGACUCUGGCCUUCUCAGUCUUCCGGUAAUAACGAAGUUGCUCGCAAGAUACUUCCUACUGGCGGGAAUCUGACCGGAGAUGAGCUCCUUAUCUGGACGGGAGAACGGAUCGGGCGCCUUAAGUUUUCCAUUCCUGCGGACCACGAGAUGGAGGUUGACAGCAAGGAUAUUGAUGAUGAUGUGUUCAUGCAUGCGGAGGUCGACGAAGCAACCCGUGAAGCAAUGCGGCAUCGACGCCGCGAUGAGUGGGAGAGAGAGCAGAGAUACGAGGAUUCCAUGCGACGUGCACUCGAGAUUCAGGCUGAUGAGGUGCGCUGGAUGGGGAAUAGGGGAUUGGGUUGA